AUGGCAGGUUGGGGGGAGGCGUGGUGGCGAGCAGGGGGGGUGGCGGAGCAUGGGGUGUGGCGGUGCUGUGCGGUGUGGUGGCGGGCAGCUGUGGCGCUCUGCUCUCUGGCGCCCUCUCCGCCUCCCAUGCCGCCCCCCUCGCCGCCCUGCUCGCUCCCACCCUCCUGUGCUGCGCUGCCCACUCGCCACGGUAACUGCCUCGCUGUGCAUGCUUCCUGGUGCUCCACGCUGUGCCUGUUGACCUCCGCCCGCCUCUCAUGCAUGCACGGCACGGCACCUACCCACUCUGCAUGCGCCUACCCACUCUGCAUGCGCCUACCCACUCUGCAUGCGCCUACCCACUCUGCAUGCACCCCUCAACUGUGUCCACCCGCUUCUCCCUCCACCCGCUUCUCCCUCCACCCGCUUCUCCCUCCACCCGCUUCUCCCUCCACCCGCUUCUCCCUCCACCCGCUUCUCCCUCCACCCGCUUCUCCCUCCACCCGCUUCUCCCUCCACCCGCUUCUCCCUCCACCCGCUUCUCCCUCCACCAGCCACCUUGCAGCUGCCACGCUGGCACUGUCAGCAUCGGCCCUGUCAGCCACGUCAGCAGGGUGGGGCCCCUUUCACCGCGUUGUUCCACUGGAAGCUACCCUGCAGGUGAUUGGCGGGAGAGUGCCCCUGGAUGAUGGUGGGACUCGGCAAGUCGGUUCGGCGGAGCAAGCAGAGCGGGCGGCGUGGGCGCGGCGGGUGGCAGUGCUGGAGGGCGAGGUGCAGCGGGAGCGCGAGGCGGCACGGGCGGCAGGGGAGGCGGUGCAGGCAGCAGUGGACGCCAAGGUGCAGUUCAUGGCGAACAUGAGCCAUGAGAUCCGCACGCCCAUCCACGGCAUCCUCGGCAUGACCGACCUCGCCCUCGACUCGCCCCUGCCCCCCGACGCCAGGGAACACCUCGAAACCGUCCUGCAGUCCGCCAACCACCUGCUGCUGGUGGUGAACGACAUUCUGGACAUCACAAAGCUGGAGGCGGGCCGCCUGCACCUCGACUGCGCGCUCUUCGACCUGCGCGCCCUCCUCAACGGCAUCAUGACAAUGCUCGCCGCCCGUGCCGCCCUCAAGGGUCUGGCCUUCCACUGGGAGGUGGAUGCGGCUGUGCCGCCCGUGCUGCUGGGCGAUGCCGUGCGCCUCCGACAGUGCCUGGUGAAUCUCGUGGGCAACGCCAUCAAGUUCACGGACCAGGGCAAGGUGCACAUCACCGUGCAACUCUUCUCCCCCUCCCUCCUCCCACCAACCCUCUCCCUCAUUCCACUUCCCUCCUCCCAUUCCUCUCCCUCCUCCACCGUGUUUCCUCAAGACCUCACGCCCUCUCACCUGUCUCCCUGCAAUUCCUCCUCUGCCUCCGCCACCUCCUCCUCCACCACCACCACCACGCUCUCUUCCUCUGCUGCGUCUGCCUGUGCUACCGGCCUACCCCCUUCGCCCUCUGCCCCUCAUGGCCCUUCUGCUGCACGGGACGACACUGAUAAUGAGGGUCAUGGGGGCGAGGGGAGCAAGGGGGGUGACGGGAGGGGGUCAGAGGGAGCAGCAGCGCAAGGGGGGGAGGGAGUGGCGCUGCUCUUCACAAUCACUGACACGGGCGUUGGCAUAGCACGGGGCGAGCAGAAGCGCAUCUUCUGUGCGUUUGAGCAGGUGGACUCCUCCAUGUCCCGCCAGCACGGCGGCACCGGGCUCGGCCUCUCCAUCACCUCGCGGCUCGUUCACAUGAUGGGCGGCAGCAUGUGGCUGCACUCGUCUCCUGGAGCCGGCAGCACCUUUGCCUUCUCUGCCACCUUUGCUGCGCCGCCCCUCUCCCCCUGCACCCCGCAUGCUGCCGUCCCCCGCCCCCGCGGCGCACGCGCUGCCGCGCCCCUGUCUGCCCGCGUGCCUACUGCUGCCCGGGUGGAGUUCAGCUUCCCUGCUCGGCCAGACGACGCCUUGCACGCUGCAGCAGGCAGGGCAGGGGAGCAGGGCGCACGAGAGAGGGGUGAUGCGGCAGUGCGAGGGGAGGGCGGGGGUAUGGAUGCAAGCACGGAGGCAGCAGGAGGGGCAGGUGGUGGGGGUGCGGUGCAGGCGGUGAGGCGGGGCGAGGGCAGGGCAGGGCGCAGCCGGCGGCGAACGCAGAGCUUCACGUGUGGGGAUGCGAGCACAGGGCGCAUGCUGGAGGAGGUGCUGCGGCAGGCGAGCAGGGAGCAGCACGCAGGCCAGCUGCCGUCCAGCAGACUCGCUGCUGCUGGCCCCCACGCCCAUGCCACCGCUGCCCUUGCAGCCGCCUCAGCACUGGCACGCGAGUGGGCCGGUGCGCGCUCACAACCCACAGAGGCCGUGCAGGGCGGGCGCACAGAGGGCGAUGGGAGAAGCACAGGCAGUGCCCCAGGCAGCGAAGUAGCAGUGGCAGGCAGAGAGGGUGGCGGUGGGCAUGGUGGCGAGGAGAGCGUGCAGGGGAGCAGCAGCCGUGGGGUGGAGGUGCCUUGCCUGCCAUCGUGGAGCCCCCGCAGUGGUAGUGGGGCGCGCAUGGCAGGCAGCCCGCGCUCAGGGGGGGGCAUGGGGGGCAUGGGGGGCAUGGGGGGCAGAGCAGCAAGCAGCGAGCCCAGAAGUCCCCAUGCACAAGCAGCUGCGCCUCGUGCUGCUGCCGGUGGUGGUGGCAUGGACAGUGGUGGCGUGGAGGCGAGUGUGGCGAAGCUGAGUCGUGUGGUGGAGAGGGAGGACGAGGGGCUGAGUGAAGAUGACGCCCCCGCCGCCCGCACGGCGCAGCACAGCAGCAGAGAGGCGCGAGUGCGGCGAGGCAGCGCUGGGCGGCUGUCGGUGGAGGGAGGCGUGGCGCAGCUGCAAGGGGCACGUGCAGACGGUGAGAGGGAGCAGGGCGGAGCUGGUGUGCUGAGAGAGCAGGGCGGAGGACAGGGUGUGGGGAGGGCGAGAGGAGAAGAGGAGCGGUUGAAAGGACUGAGUGCGAGUGAGGACGACAGGAGAGAGGAGGUGGGAUGGAGAGGCCGGAGCGGGUGGCAGGGUCCUCCCUUGUCAGUGGGUGCGAGUGGGUGGUCGACGGAGGCAGCACCUGAGAUGCGCCCCAGCGUCAGCUUCAAAGAAAACUUCUCUGCACGCCACCAAGAACAGGGGGAGCCCUUGCAAGCAACGCAGGGCAACGCCAGUCCUGCCCCCUGUGAGGCACUCAGUCGUGGCGGUUCAAGCAGCGGUGGCGGAGAUGCAGCCAUGGCUGCUGCAGCAGAGGCGGUGUCAGGCAGCAGGGCAGGGGCAUGCGGGUCGUUGGGGCGGCAGAGGCAGCUGCGAGUGCAGCACCUCACCUUCCAACUGCCUGAGGACACCUCCCCCGCGCACUCGCCCUCCACCCCCACCUUUGACUCGCGCCGCCCCUCCCUCAGGCCGCCUGCUCAUGCACCUGCACCCGCUGCCCCCUCCGCCAUCUCACCGCGCCCGCCUGUGUCCCCGCGGCGGCCUUACGGGGACGCGGGUGAGCCGAGCACCAUGGAGGCCAUCUACGCGCGCAUCCAGGCCCAAGCUGCCGCCUCCCGCCCCCUCGCCCCCACGCGCUCGCCCCCCACCGCCGCCGCUGCAGGCGAUGGUGCGCGCAGCUUGGCGCGCGGGAGAGAGCCGCCCGCCCUGGACGUGCCGUCCACCCCGUCGUCCUCCGCACGCCGCUCUGCUGGAGGGGGCCUGCUGCGGCAGAAGUCAGGCGGGCUGGCGCUGCUGCAGCGGCAGGGCACGGGGGUGGGGCGGCAGGGCGGGGGACUGGUGAGGCAGGGCACGGGGCUGGGGCGGCAGGCUAGCGUGAAGCUGAAGCAGAAGCCGGUGCGUGCGGCGAGCCCGCGGGCCAUGCUGUCGGUGACGGCGCUGAACAUCCUGCUGGCGGACGACAGCGUGGUGAACCAGAAGGUGGCGGUGCGCUUCCUCAAGAAGAAGGGCAUGGUGGCGGACGCCGUGGGCGACGGCGCUCAGGCCAUCCAGCGCCUCUACCCCAAGGAUGGCGGCAUCUCGCCCUACGACCUCCUGCUGCUCGACGUGCAGAUGCCAGUGAUGGACGGGCUUCAAACAGUGCGGGUUAUUCGUGAGAAGGAAACGGCAGAGAAGCUUCCCCACCUUCCAGUCAUUGGGCUGACAGCGCAUGCGGCUGACGUGUACCGCGACCAGUGCAUCUCUGCCGGCAUGGACGGCUUCGUCUCCAAGCCAUUCACUGUGAAUCAGCUGUUGAGCAUGAUGCAGUCUGUGCUUGAAAAGUAUUCGCAUAAACGAUUGCCACCUGAAGCUAUGGCAUCGUAA